AUGGGUAGUCGGCGCGCCGUCGCCGCCGCCGCCGCAAACCGUCCGUCACCAUCGCGCCGUCGUGUCCUCCGGAGCCGGCCGUCCACGUGUCCGUCGCCGACGCCGCCGCAGCCGUCCGACGCACCGCGAACGCCGAGGGAACAGCCGCCGGGACCCGGAGCCACCGUAACGGUCCGAAACCGUGCCCCCGGUACAUACGGCGCUGACGAUGGUGCGGCGAUACAACAACUGUGGAUGGCGGUGUCGGUGCAGGCCGUCCGUCCGGCCGCUGUCCGUUCGCGCUGA